AUUUCGCUGGGUAAAUCACAACAAUCCACUAUAGCUUAUCUAAUUAGCGCCAAUUUGUUGUCUAAUCCAUCAGAUGUUGAGGGGGCGCCAAUUGUGUGCGAAAAUGUCUGCCGGAUAGAAAUGAACAUUUGUGAUGCUGCAAGCAUUUAAUCAGCAAACAGUUCGUUGAGAAUUAUCUUCUUCAGAAAAAAAAAAACGGAGCAAAAUCUUUAGUCAUCUUUCGAGCCACCCAACCGGGCGUUGAUUGAUCAAGAUUGACGCCUUUUUUGACAGGCAGAAGUCGACCAAGGGGAAAGAGACCAACUUUCCUCUCAGUUAUAUUGCGGUCGUAUCUUCGCAUCGCAGCGUUCUGAUUUCCGGCCCUUCCUUGAUCGAAAUUGAAAAAUGAUGCUGCAUUAAUGGGUCACUAAUCCUGAGUUGGGAAAUGACGUAAGCUUCGUCGGGGAAGAGACAAAAUUCUGGGCAGCUUUCUAAUUAAAUGUCAACAAGCUUGAUGAGCUUCAACACUCUACACUGCUGACCUUGGAAUUGUUGCGUCAACUGAACAGCGCUGGCUCAGUUAGUUAAUUUUGAAGUAGCACUUUCUUAAAAUUUUAAUAAAGUUUCACUGCACCUCAGAUUACACAACGCAACUGUUUUUACUAGAACCACAUUCAUUCUCCAAACAUGACCGAAAAUGUUUGCCAUCCGAACGCAACAGUGCGCCUAUCGCACGUUCCACUCGUUUGUCUUAUUUUCUAUUGUCUUUAGCAAGGUUUAAAUACGGUCUCCCGCAUCGGCACUCACUCAGUUCCCGUAUUCACCUUUCCCCCGAACAGAACCUGCACAGUAGUCGAGUGUCGUCAUCAUGCGAACCUUCGCAACCAUCCUAGCCCUCACUCUGUGUGCCAUAUCGACAUCGUACGUCACAGGCACAUUUACUCACUACGCCUUAUUCAAGAGCUUCGACACUGCUUACCGGGAGUGUGCCGUAUACUAUGAAGUACCCAACUGCACCGUCGAGGAAUACAUUGUCAACGCAUACCCAAACGAUCCCGAAAACCAAAAACUGAUGCACUGUGCCUGUAUCAACAUAGCUGCUUGGCGGGAUGAAUCAGGGGUCGUCGAAAGUGUAAUGGGUAAUUUCUUUAACCCUGCUCCCGAGGACACGUGCUACGCCGAUCGAACCCGUGAUUGCAUUGCAGACUCCCGAACGCCAUGCAGUGACAACCAAACGCUUGCCUACAAUGCCUUCCAAUGCUAUUACCGCCAGUACGGGAAUUUGAACCAAAGUGAGCAAUUCAUUGCCUACUCCGAACUGGAACAGCAACAACUUGUCCGGGAUUCUUUCGCUAUCGUGAACGUUCCCCAAAAUGAACUGAUCAACUUCAGCAAUGGACUCAUUUUGGAUCAACAACACAUUACUGAACUUAUCUACGUGCUCUUUGUACGCGGUUACUUCUACAGUCCCGAACAGGGGAUCCGACUGGAUAUUCUAUACACCCAGUUCGGCAACCCGGAGCUGUUGACUCCAGAAACACAGCAGUGCAUCGAUGCAGCGAAAGCUGCAUGGGACGGAAAAAGGCAGAAGGAUCUGGUGUUGGCCAUCUUUAAAAACUGUCUGCAAAAAAUCACUCCUUGGCUGGACCUGAUCCAGAGUGUCGCCACCGCAGUGCUGACCGUUCCACCACCACCGUGUCCGGAACCACCGACCACUACUACGACUACGACGACGACCACCACAACGACUCCUGCGCCUCCCAGUACGGCUCAACCGUGCUACAAUUUGAAGAACUAGUAUCCAGCGAUUGAGUCGGGAACUCUUAUACGUAAAUCGUGUCCGUAUGUUGUUUUAAUUGACUUUAUCGAAAUAAAGGUGAAAUGUGCAAAACAGGUUGCUUUGGAAGGUGAAGUAUAAAUGUGGAUGUGUCUAGAUCAGCGCAUCUCAAUCCAUAGGUCGUGGGUUGCCGAAAUUCACGCAACUUGACAAUGUCAUUUUGAAAGUAAAGGGGCUAUUUUUAAUAUUUUUUUUUUUCUUAUUUUUUAGCAUUCUGUUUUAUUAAAAGGGAAAUGGGGGUAAAAUGACAAAGCGGGCAAAAUACGCCCUCUGAACGCUACCAAUUUUAACGAUUGGCGUUGUUGGUGAUUCCCUUUAGCGUACUUUUUCGUGUUACACUUCGCAAUUUCACAUGUAAAAAUAAUAAGGUUUCUGUGAAUGCACGUAGCUGAAACUACUAUGUACUUGUUGUUUGGUGCGGAGAAGCAAGCAAUGUCUGAAAUUUGCAGAUGUUUGAACCUCGUAGAUCUUGAGUUGUGUGCUCUUAAAAUUGCGAGGUGUGAUGGCAAAAUGAUCGCAGAGAUUCGUGAUUAUUUUUUUUCCACAAUACCUAGCCAUGAAGACUGAAUAUUGUAGGUUAAGAUCCAACUAAAGACCAAGUGGCUUAAGAAACUGUCCUCCGGAAGAUCCAAAACAUCCGCAAAGGUUGUCAAUUCGUGAAAAAGAUCCUAUAGCCCAACGAUUUUUUUUUUAAACUCACUUGUUGUGAUGCUACAUGAAUGUAUUUGAAGCUGGGACCAGAAUGUAUACACUGAUGGUCAUAGAAUGGUUCUCUGGAAGAUCCGCAAUAUCCGUAAAAGUGUUCAAUUCGUAAAAAUGAUUCUAGAGCACCGUUAUUAAAUCGCUUGUUGUGAAGCUACAUGAAUUAAUUUGGAUUUAAGACCAACAUGUGCACUCCGCUGGUCACGGAACGGUCCUUCUGAAGAUCUGGAAUAUUUGUAAAAGUGGUCAAUUCGUUUAAAAGAUUUUAGAACUCUGUUGCCUUAUAUGGUACUUUUUGUCAUGCUGCAUGAAUAAUUUGGGAUCUGAAACCAGCAAAAAAAAUUGUAAGGGGCGGAAGAACCAAAAUGUUACAAACCAUAUUUUGCAACAAAACGAGAGAAAAAUUCACAAUUUACUCGAAUAAACGCGAAGAAGUAGAAGAAAACAUCAUUGAAAAUUAUCAAAACCGGUUCCUUUUACAUGGCGUAUUUCCAAUUUUCAACUCUAUGAUGCAUCUGGUUGUUACGGCUUACACCAAAACUACGAAUUAUAUUGUUUUAAUA